UGACAGCUGACCUUGACGUAUGUGUCAAAUGUGAAAAAUAAAUGCAUUUUCUUCGAAAUAAACAAUAAUAAAAUGGCUUUAACGAAUAUUUUGCUGCUGAGCCAAAUCGCUGGGCAUGUUAUCGCUUUUAUAUUAUCGCUAUGCGUUGUUGUUCCUAUGAGUUUACACCAAAGUGAAUUUAGGGGACAUUGUUUACUAUUUUCCACUGGAAUAUGGCAGGAAGCUGACGGACAAUUAAAAGUAAACUGGGCCUCGCAAUGUUAUUGUAAUUACACUAUAUUUAUUGGGGUUAUGUUGGGACUUGUUUCUAUAUUUCAAAUAUACAGAUAUGCCCUAUUUUUGCACAAAGGAACUGAUAGCUCGUUUUUGUCAGCAUUUUUGGAUGUAGUUUCUGGUAUCAUACUAUGUGGAAUGACUAUUAUAGCCGCAAUCAUGAUAACUUUAGGAUUUAAAGCUUGGUGUGAGAAUAUGACUGAAAGAUUUCCUUCCUGCGAUAUGGCUGCAGGUCAAGAGAUAGACAAACAAGACGGCAUAAACACGAAAAACUUCUACAUUGAACUCGGCACCGCACAAUUUGGCGUAUGGGGUUCUUACACCAUCUGGGUGGGAUUGUCCGUAUGCGCCCUCCUAAAACUGUGUCGUUACCAUCAGCUGGAAAACAUCAGGGUGUCGAUGUACAUAGAACGCCAGAGGUUGAUAAACGAAAACAACGAAUCGCCCAGCAGUUCCUUGGGGCGCGAGUCGAAUGCCACGGCCAGCACUGCGAACGCAAAGUGAUUAUUCACAGGCGUUUUCAAGUAUCCAUAUCUAUUAUUGUACGCUAUUAUUCAUAUAUCUUUGUUAAUCCAUCAUACAGUUUAUCAACUUGUCGGGUCGAAUUGGGAUGAGAUA